GGAAGUGCUCUUCAGCUAUUAGAAAAGGAGAUCAGUAACAUGUAAUCCUGUGGUUUCAAGUACUGAUAUUACUCCGCUGCCGUACUGAUCUUCCCAGAGAUUCACACUAGUCUCAUCGAAGGAAGGAGUCCAUGGGUUGCGCAAACCUGAUAAUAUUCAAUUAACCCGGUAGAGUAUAUUAGUGGUGCAUACAUACAUCCAGAUUUUCACCCCAUCUCACAAAAUGGCCUCAGUGGCAGAUCCAGAAGUUAUCAUCAAUGAGUUCGCCGACUCCAUACGUCCAGCUCUCUCCCUUAUCAUCGCAAAUACUGCUUUCUCUGCCUCUCUGCUUACCCUCUUUGUAGUCCUUCUUGCACUCUCCACAAAGGAAUCUCGACGCCGUAUGAUAUUCCGACUGAAUGUGUUUGCUAUCUGUGUCGCCCUAACUAUGGGUAUAUUGGUUGGCUUCUGUAAUGGGAAGAUCGUUGUCGACCAGCUCGAUCAAGUGUCGACAAGUCUCGCUAUUGCUACAAUGGUCUUCACUUUCUUCCCACCGUUACUGUGGGACUCGAUAUUGUUAACUCGCCUUUUUGCACUCUAUCCCAUCUCCAGCACACCUCCAGCCACUCUAUUGAAGAUACUUGCAUUCCCUCUCUCUGUCAAAUGUGGUCGAGUGGUAGUUCUCACUAUUGUCAUCACCAAAUAUGUUAGGUCUGUGACAACAGAAGGCCCCAUCCUGGCUGAGUCCACUGACUGGACCCGCGAUCCCUACUUGAUCGCUGAAUGGGUGAUGCAAAUAGCAGAUAAUAUGUAUUCUGUUAGUCUCUUCCUUUACAACCUCCAUGUCCGCACGGGCUGGAUAAAACCCGUAGGUGGAAUUUCGACCCGUAUCCGCCAAAUAUUUUACAUUUCCGCCGCCAAUUUUGUCUUUCCUGUCAUCUUCAACAUUGUACUAAUCAUCUCCGUCGCUAUUGAUCUGCCCGUUACUACCGGUGGGCUGCUAUGGUUGAUCAACGACUACGUUACCGUCAUGGGCUUAUUGUUCGCAACGGUCUGGUUCUCCGGAUCGGAGUGGGUUCAGACUCGCAACAUCGACUUGCGAAGGGCACAUGACACUGGCAGGAAGCGCCGGAGCGAAAUUGUGGUAGUUGGAAAGAGGUUUGCCACACCUGACACGUCAGACUUGGAUGCUGGACCCGUGACGGAUUGCAAGCCACUUGGCAUACUGAUGGGAGAGGAUAAAUACUGUACGGUGUGAUUCCGGACCCCCCUCAGGUGAAAAUCCCAUUACAGUUUUGUCGUAGUUAGUUUGUCUCCCUAUCGGUGUACUCACCUACAACACUUCUUGCGAUGGUGGGUUGUUACAUAUGUAUAUCGUGUGUUA